UGUGCGCAGGUCUUCCCUCUUUUUUCUUUUUUCCCCCUUUUGAGGAAUUGGGUGAGCCGCCACAACUCACCAAAUGUAAAAAAUGAGAAAGAAUCCUCCCCUAGAACAUGGGAAGAUGCACCGCCAUAGUUUUUAGAAAGAAUCUUCCCCCAUAACAUGGGAAGAUGCACCGCCAUAGUUUUUGUCCUUCGUGCAUGUGGUGAGCAGUGGAGCGACGCCCAUGUCUUCCUCCUUGUAAUCACGGUAGUUUACGUUUUGUCCUUCUGUGGAGACGGAGGAGGGCCUGCAACUGCAGUUUGGUCGUCCAAUUGUGCGCACCCCUCCUCGGCCAGAACUGAGCAGAAAAAGCUGAUUGUUCAGGCAGGAGCACAAUGGCAGCAGUGGCGAUCUCCAGUGCUUGCGCCGAAUUUGUCGGCGCUUUCAAAAAGCUUUCUCUCGACUCUUCGUCCUUCCUGAAAGGCGAGAGCAAGUUCACAGCAUCUGGUCGUGCAGGACUUGUCUCCUCUCGCCCCUGUCAUCUGCCUCUGCAGAUCGAAUCUGCUCACAAGAAAGGAACAGGAAGCACAAAGAACGGUCGCGAUUCCGCGGGCAAACGGUUGGGGGUCAAGAUCUACGGUGGGCAACAAGCCAUUGCGGGAAACAUCAUUAUCCGGCAGCGAGGAACGACGUUCCAUCCGGGAAACAAUGUCGGUCUUGGCCGCGAUUACACGAUCUUUUCGUUGAUUGAUGGAGUUGUAAAAUUCGAGCAGUAUGACAAGAAGAGGAAGCAGGUCAGUGUUUACCCGGCGGAGCCGGCGUCGGAAGAAGUGAAGGACAAUCGGAGGACGAGGCAGAUAGAGUACUGGAGGCAAAGGAGAGAGGCAAGGAAGGCAAGAUUAGCGGCUCGGAAUGGGACGGCAGAUGCACCAAUUGCAAAUGGUGUGGCUGCUUUGCCAGCUUGAGCUCUGGUCUGUCUGUGUCUCAGAGCUCAGAGACUGUCGUUACCUAACUUGUCAGUUCAAGAUUUGUCCACGCCAGUUAUUCAGCAGCAAUAGUUUGCUUGGUAUCUGGCAGCCAGAUUGUUGUCUUGGAGGAAAAGUUGGUUUCGCAAUACAGAGUUCGUUGUAUAGGAUAAUAUAUAUCGUUCAGCUAGGUUUUGUGACCUCCCUAGAAGUUCUGGUUGUACUUCUGUUUAGGACUACAUCGGACUUCUUCUAUUGACCACUGGCGGCUUCCUGUUUGUUUUGAUAGUCUGUUUUACUUUCUGCCGAUUUCAAAGAAAAGACGUCUUCUCGGUCUCUCUCUCUGUGUCCGCGCGCGCGUGUGUGUGUGUGUGUGUGUGUGUGUGUGUGUGUGAUGUAGCUUCGGUACACAAGAAGUGUACUCCCCCCUCCGCCCGGCGACCACCAAGGAGAGACCCAUGCACUAGACAACUUGAAGACAAUUCUCACAUUAUCCCAUAGUNCCCCCCUCCGCCCGGCGACCACCAAGGAGAGACCCAUGCACUAGACAACUUGAAGACAAUUCUCACAUUAUCCCAUAGUGGACCGAACGUUGACAGCUGAACAUUUCAAGCAAUAAGGACACAGGCUGGAGUGCACGGGGGAGGUGGGUGGGCAAACAAACAGCACAAGACAUU